AUGAAGAGCGGCUCAGGCGAGACAAAGUUCGUACAAGAGCUGAUUCUGUAUGCGGCGAGCGCCGCCAUGAGUUGCCUGGUGCUGGUUGUGGGGCUGAAGCAAUUGGACCCCAACCGUGACGCCGCCAAAAAAGCUCAUGAGCAGAAAAAGGAUAUUGCCAAGCGCUUGGGCCGCCCUCUAAUUCACACAAAUUCAUACGAGGAUGUUGUAGCCUGUGAUGUAGUCAAUCCAGACCAUAUGGACGUGAAAUUUGAAUCCAUUGGAGGAUUGGACGCCAUUAAACAAGCGCUAUAUGAGCUAGUGAUUCUCCCACUGCGAAGACCUGAGCUGUUUUCUCACGGGAAGCUUCUUGGUCCACAAAAGGGUGUUUUGCUGUAUGGACCCCCUGGCACCGGGAAGACAAUGCUUGCUAAAGCAAUCGCAAAAGAGUCGGGAGCUGUUUUCAUUAAUGUGAGAAUAUCCAACUUAAUGAGCAAGUGGUUUGGAGAUGCUCAGAAGCUAGUGACUGCUGUGUUCACAUUGGCUUGCAAACUCCAGCCUGCUAUAAUCUUUAUUGAUGAGGUGGACAGCUUCUUGGGCCAGCGCAAAUCUACAGACCAUGAAGCACUGACUAACAUGAAGACUGAGUUUAUGGCUUUGUGGGAUGGUUUUACCACAGACCAACAUGCUCGGGUCAUGGUAAUGGCCGCCACAAAUCGUCCGUCCGAACUUGACGAGGCAAUCCUUAGACGUCUUCCUCAAGCAUUUGAAAUUGGGCUGCCUAAUCGUAAGGACCGGGUUGCAAUUUUGAAGGUUGUUUUAAAGGAUGAGAAGGUUGAAGGUGGCAUUGAUUAUGACCGUAUAGCCACCCUCUGUGAGGGUUACACUGGUUCCGAUCUUCUUGAGCUCUGCAAAAAGGCUGCAUAUUACCCGAUCAGGGACUUACUCGAAGAUGAGAAAUCUGGAAAACUAUCUGAGGAGCCGAGGCCAAUAUCACAGUCCGAUUUGGAGAGAGUAAUAACCUCAACCACCAAGACAAAUGCGGCUGCUAGUGGAUACAGCAGCAGAUCAAACUCAGAGCUGCUCGACUUGCCAACAACUGAUGGAUCUCCAGUCGUCGGCCUCGCUCUCGCCCUCAGCCGCUGCUGUUGCUCUCUGUCGCUCACAAAAAUCACCUCGCACAGGAGUGGCCUGGUGCUCGGAAAUUGUUCAGCCGCAGACCCCUGGUGCUCGGAAAUUGCUCAGCCGCAGACCCCUGCUAUCGACUGCUCCUCUGUCAGGUCGUCGGCUCUCGUCUCUGUCGCCGACAGCUCGACCUCCUCGUGCCUGGCAACAGUGUUGGCGGCUUUCAGACGCCGGCGAGUGUUGCCCACCUCGUCGUCUGACUGGUGCCAAAAAGUCGAUCGAAACAGUGGGAAUAUUUGA